UAUAAACAGUCAACAAGUACUUGUCACAGUGUGAUCACUAUGGACUCCUUCACUCCCUCUCUUUCUCUGCAUAUACACUUAAAUAGUAUAUAUACAUCAAGCGGGAUGACGAUCUUAUAAAUGGGUCUGUCUUGUUGAGCUUCGACACCAGCCAUUAUUGAGGAAAAUAUGACAGAGACCAGUGACACGACAGUGUCCAAGGAGCAUUUUCUUGAUGUCAAAAUAGCAGAUCCGAAAGCAGACCAACACAAAAAGGGGAUAUCAUCAUGGAAUCGAGGCGACCUGGAAGAUCGUUACCUCAGGCUCUACGAGGACCACAUCUACCUCAAGAAACAUUGUCACAAGCAGGAAGAUCGGCUAAAAAGACUUGGGACAAAGGUCAUGCAACUGGUUAUGGACAGGAAAAAAUCAGCUGUCGAAGGAAAAGGCAAGGCAUCGGUGAGUGGCGGCAGUGUCAGUCAGGAGACGGUCAACGACAUGGAGACCAAGAUGUACGCCUACGAGAAACAAAACAAACAACUCAAAGAGAAGUUGCGAAUCACAAAGCAGCACUUGCUGCUCGCCAGCAAGCAAGCAACAGCCUACAACCAUGUGCAACCACGCAUUAACACCGGUCUCCCCAAACCGCCUCCAGAGCAGCGUAUUUUGAAGAAUCGUCGAGUGAUUGGUCCUCAGCUCUCAAAAACCAAGAUGAAGAUAUCAUCACCUGAAGAUAGUCCAUCUGAAGUGGACUUGCAGGCAUUGGGUAAACUUCAACGUUGUGAUCUGUCCACAAUGAGACUCACCUACCAGUCUGUACUCGGGGAGAUGGACCGACUGACCUUACAGCUGAAGGAAGAGCAAAGCAAACAACUCAGUCUUCAGCAGCAACUGAAGAUGGCAACGUCCAAGAGUGCCAGCAUGCGCGAGCUCCAAGAACAGAUAAUCUCACUGCAGAACGAUAAACAACUCCUUGUGGAAAGCAAUGAUAAGCUGACCAGAAGACAACUCGAGGCGACUAUCAACGCUGACCUCGGAGAACGGAGCAACGUCAUUGAUAGACUGAACAAGGAAAUUGCGGAAAACAGUGAAGCAGAAAGGAUGCUACGCGAAGUUCGUAUAGAAAACUACCAACUCCAGGAACAAAACGAGGAACUUAAAAAGAAGAUGAGUUUUUUCACCAGUAAAAGUGACAUUGACAUAACGGAGCUUGAGGAAGCCCUCACACUGGUACGGAGCAAGCAGGAUUCAGUGAACAAGACCCCCAGUUUUGUGAUGCAGGUUGAUGCCGAAAUUGAAAAGGUGAGCCAGCAGAAUGUACAGCAGUUGGAGUCUGACUACGCUGCCAUGGUUCAUGAAUUGGAAAAGACCAGAAACAUGUUGUUACUCCAGUACAAGAUUAACAAGGAUUAUCAUAAAGAGAUAGAAGCUGCUCACCAGAAGACAGAACACACGCAACGAGAAUGUGAGAUACGACUCAAUGAAUAUGCUACACUGCUGGACAUCCGAGCAGCAAGGAUAAAGAAAAUGGAGUCCCAGCUACGUGACAUAGCAUAUGGAACUAAACAACAGAAGCUGGCAUUGUCUCUGGGAUUGGAUAAAUCUAAUGAAAUGGACGAGAAUAUUCAGUUGGAGAGAGGACAGAACAUAUUUGAGAUACAUGUACAUAAGGUUAAUCUCACAACUGAAGCUUCUGGUUCUGGAACAUUCCUUUUGAAAAGACCUGUCUUUGACUUCACAUCCCAGUACGUGAUUACCAUCGAUGAUUUCUUCUUACACUACAUCCAGAAGAGCAGCUGUACCCUGGAACUCCAGCAGUCACUUGGCCAAAGCUACAAGACCCUUGCCGCCUGCCAGUUGACCUUUCGUGAUCUCUUUGAACAUCCACCUGGUCGAAUACACAACACAGCAUUCCUCAUUGGAAUUGAACCUAUGGACAUGGAGUUGAAGUUUGGUAGUGUGGAGUACUGGAUUAAUCUGCGUCUGCCAAUGGAACAGGCUGUAAGGUUGUAUAAGGAAAGGAUAAAGGCCCUUGGCUACAUUUCUUCUAAUGAUCGCUCAGCCAAACAGGCUCUCAAGGCUCUGGACAGUCUUGCUGACCAACGACCGGAUGGCAACAUUAACGAACUCCAUGUAAAAAUACUCCGUUGUACAAACCUCACCUCACGUAGGAAAGAUGUCCAGCCAUCGCCUUAUUGUGUCUACCAGUUCUUUGACUUCCCUGACCACGACACGGUCAUACUUCACAGCACCAACAACCCAGAGUUCAAUGAUCAUCGGACCUUCCCCGUCGUCAUGAAUACCGCUCUAGAUAACUACCUCAGAUCUGUGAAACCAGCACUCCGGAGAACUAUCCCGAAACAACUGAAAUUCGAAGAAGAUAACUCCACCGUAACCUUGACAACCACCACAAACACUGCCGUCUCCUCCAGUGCUGGAGUUGGGAUGAAAAAUAACCAGAAACUUCUGAACGAGUGGAAGAACAACUCCUCUGUUCAAAGCAAUGAAACCUUUGAACAGUACCAGGACAACAUCGGUAACUGUGAACACGUGGUCAGCAGCGGCAGCGGUAGAAGCAGUGACGUUGAUGCUUCCAAAGAGAGAAACAAGAAAAAGAAAAAGAAGAAGAAGGGCAAAGAAGAACAAAGCUCUAGCGAAAGCGUGAGAGAAGGAGUAGUGGUAGUAGGAGGAGGAGGAGGAGGAGGAGGAAAAGAAUUCGCAGAAGAGGUAGAGGAAGAAGUAGAGGAAAUGAUACAGGCAAGCUAUGAAGAGGCACCGUCCAGUUACUCGGACAGUUUACAUGUGGACUACCAGAACAAUUAUGAAAAACGCCAGUUUCUUGCCAGUAUGCUGUUACCUGAUGAUCCAGAUAGGGGCUGCAUCCGUUUCACAGUGGUCAGUGAACCAGAGAAAGACACCCAGACGGAGGAGUGUGAAGAGGUUGGUGUGGCGUUUAUCAGUCUGGUGGACAUUCUAAAGAACAAGAAGGACAUUGUAGACGAGGAGAUUCCAAUCUACGGCAUAGAAAACCAACGCCACCAGGUUCCAAUUGGUAGACUCAAUGUCAGCGUAAUUUGUCUGAAAGCACUGCAAGCUGUUGACCGAGAGAUCGUGCGCCAUUAGAACCCUGUUCCAUCCCUAGUAUUGUUCUGUCUCUCCUCUCAAGUUUUCCUUCUCCUACUUCCUUUUGUCCUAUCUUUGCUCUCAAGUGUCCCCCACUUCUUCUCUUUGUCCUUUCCCUCUUUGUCCUAUUUAUCCUCUCAUUUUUCCUCUUCAUUUAUCCUAUUUCUCCUCUCAAGUUUUCCUUCUCCUACUUCUUUUUGUCCUAUCUUUGCUCUCAAGUGUCCCCCACUUCUUCCCUUUGUCCUCUCAAGUUUUGACCUUUCUCUCUUUGUCCUAUUUAUCCUCUCAUUUUUCCUCUUCAUUUAUCCUAUCUCUCAUCUGAAGUUUUCCUCCGUCUUGUCCUACAUCUCCUCUCAAGAUUUGCCCUUCCUCUCUUUGUCCUAUCUAUCCUCUCAUUUUCCUCUCUAUUCAUCCUGUCUCUCCUCUCAGUCUUUCCUCCCAUUUGUCCUAUCCCCCACCUUCCUAUCUUUCCUCAGAAGUUUUCCUCCCCCAUUUGUCCUAUUUUUCUCUCAAGCUUUAGUCAUCACCCUCAAAAGGUAAAUAGAUAGCUUCCCCCAGCAGAAAAGAGAGAGAAAAAUGGUGAGGGUGUAUCCUUAAGGUACAAGAUGGAUAAGAGACAGAGAGAAUUGAGAUAAGGGAAUAGAAAAGGUGGGUGCAUUGCUAAGUACUCUCGAGUGCAACAGACUAUGUAUGUGUGUAUCAUUAUUAUCGUUUCACUUCCUUCUUUCCAUGGUGGCAUCAGUUAGAUGAUUUAACAGGAACCAACAUACCAUCUGCUUUGGUGUGGUUUUAUACAGAUGGAUGCCCUUCCUAAUGCCAACCACUUCACAGAGUGUAUUAGAUGCUUCUUUUCAUGGCAUCAGCAAUAGUGAAGCCACAAGAUUACUCGCAAGAUGAGACCCCUGACUGAAUGGAGUUACAGAAUUCAAGGAUGUGAAUGUAUGAUAGAGAGGGACCAGAGCGAGUGUCUUGCUGAAGAAUUGAAUACAUGGUUUUUCCCAACCGGAAAAGGGAAAGAGAGAUGCGGGGGCAUAAUUCUCAAGUUACAAGGUAUGGGAAAAAGGAUAGUAAAGCAGAAACAGCAGGGGGAUAGGUGAGUGGGCUUGAGUGAGAAAAGAGCAUGACAGAUGAUUAAAGAUUGAGCUGGAUGUCUGCCCCAUUUUAGAUAUUUUCUGCUCCAUUUUUGCUUUAUUUUUUUUAAUACCUGAUAUAGCUUGUCCUAUUUUUGUACAUCAUAUAGUUUGCCCUAUAUUUCUACUUAAUCUACCUAUACUGCUCUAUUGUGAAGCAUUUCCUAUUUUUGUAUAUGGUCUUUUCUCUCUGUCCUGAAACAUGUCCUAUUCUGAAACCAUCUUAAUGAGUGUCCCAUUUUAACUCAGAUACACAUCUUUCCACUUUGUGUGCUUUGUCCUAUU